CCUGCUUUCCAGUACACUAGGUGGCGCCACAUCGCUUAGUCACGUUAGCUAGAGUAGAAUCACAAACGGAAGUACAGUACAAUACAUCCACCAGCGUCCACCCGUGCUAGUAACGAUGCCGUGAGGAUUUCAAGUUUGCUCCAUCAUGGAGCCGGCCAGUGUGGAGAGUCUCCGCGUCCUCUUUAAAAGUGAUGACUACAUCGUGGUGGACAAGCAUUGGGACAUCCGCAUUGAUAGCAAGAUGUGGUAUGAAAAAACCACAGUUCAGGCUCAACUUCGCCAUCACUUUCCUGAACUGGCAGAUCCCAACACCUACUAUGGAUUCAGAUUCUGUCACCAGUUGGAUUUCUCGACCAGCGGAGUCCUCUGCGUGGCCCUCAAUAAGGCUGCAGCUGGCCAGGCGUAUCGCUGCUUUAAGGAGCGCACGGUCACCAAGGCCUACCUCGCUCUGGUUCGUGGAUUCGUGGAAGAAGAGAUACAAACCCUGAACUUUUCCAUUGGCAAGAACACUUCAGAGGGAAAAACACAUAUGAUGUGUAUUGAGGGAACAGAUGGUUGUGAGAAUGCAAAACCAUGCCAGACUGCGCUGACAGUCUUGGAGUACGGCUUGUAUGACGGAGACCGUGUCACCAAAGUGCUGCUGCAGCCGCUCACAGGUCGAACUCACCAGCUAAGGGUCCACUGCAGUGCAAUAGGCCACCCCAUAGUCGGGGACUUCACCUACAGCUCGGGAGCCGACGACGGCCCCUUCCGCAUGAUGUUGCACGCCCACCUCCUCCACAUCCCCCUGGACCCUGAACCCGUGAUCGUGCGCGCGGGAGACCCUUUUCUGCCGUCGGUGGACCCAAAGUGGCUGCCGCAGCGCUCCAUGCGACCCCUGAAGGCCACCCUGGACGCCCUGCUGGAGGGCAAGCUGGACGAGCGCAGACGGGUGAAGGAGACGCAAAGAGACCAAGAGAGACAGAAGGAAGAGGAGAGGAGGAACAAGAGACAGAAAGAGGAGAGUGAGGAGCAGAAGCGGCAGUGUGAAGAAUGGCUCCGGGAUUGGGCUGGAGUCUCAUAGUGUUGUUUCUUAUCAUCAAGUAUUUAUUUCUUCAUUCCAGUUCUUCAUCCUGGAGAAACCCCGUUGAGCAUGUAUGCAUUUUCCACACCCAAUUCAAAUAACCCCCAAGUAUAAAAAUAAUAUUUUUAAAAUUUGAUUUUAAGAAAUAAGCAUGAUGAAAUCAGAGAAGUUAGUGCAUAUAUCGAUGUGAGGUUGGAGAACCGACAGCCUGUAAACUUAAACUUUUGAAAACAUUGGACUGGGAGAGUCACAGAAAGCCAUAGAAGUGGAUUUCAAUUGGUUGAUUUCAUCCUAACAUUUUGUCCAUUGUUUAUGGCAACAAUUGUACCAUAUUGUAUUUUCUUUUACUAACUGAAAUGCUAGUACCGCGGCAGCUUGUCGUAUAUACAUAAAAACCAUUAAAUAUGAGCUAAAAAUAAACCACAUUGAAAAAUAUUUAUUUUUUCCGUGUGAAUAAAAAACAAGUACAGUGAUG